AAGAAGUUGAGAAGGAAAAGCUUUAGUGGGGAAAUCACCUGUGAAGAUCAAGGAACUGCAACCUCUUCGGGUGGUCUUAGGUUGUCUAGCUUCGCAGGCCUCUUCAUAAUCUCUGGAGUUGCUUCCGACAAUACAUGGAGAACAAUCCAUAUGGCUGAGAAUGCUUGA